ACGUGUAUUCAAACACGUGUGCGUCCUCGAUAUACACGUCAUACAGCACCUCAUAGAGUAUUAGACGUUACAUACAUUAACAAUAUAGACUAUUACUUAUAUACAAGAUCAAGAGUCAUGUUUAUGUAUCGCUGAAAUUAAAGGCUCGGUUUUUUGCGACGCUCCCUGAGAUUUCUGGGUCAGAUAGAAUUUACUUCCGGUGUCUGAAUGAUGUGUGCAUAACAAGAGAGCCUGCACAACUUUCUCAGAGAUACUGAAGACGGCAGGACAGAGUGAUAUAAAAUGGAUUAUUCUGGAAAAGAAAAAGAAGCAAUGGAUCUGGUUGCUGAAGCUGACAAGAAAAUGAAAAUGUCUGCGUCGUUCUUUGGCACGUUUUUCGGGAGCUCUUCCAAGGCAGAGGAAGCCUGUGACAUGUACGCGAGAGCUGCGAAUAUGUUCAAGAUGGCCAAGAACUGGCGUGCUGCAGGCGAUGCGUUCUACCAAGCUGCAAAAGUGCACCUGAAAACAAAAAACAAGCACAACGCUGCCGUCAGCUUUAUCGAUGCUGGCAACGCGUACAAAAAAGUAGACCCAGAAGAGGCCAUCAAGUGUCUGACUCGGGCCAUCGAUAUCUACACAGAUAUGGGACGUUUUACCAUUGCAGCGAAACACCACAUCACUGUAGCUGAAGUCUACGAGUCUGAUUUACUGGACAUUGAUAAGGCAGUUGCGCAUUAUGAGCAGGCCGGGGACUACUACAAAGGAGAAGAGUCUAAAAGUUCUGCCAACAAGUGCCUCCUUAAAGUGGCUACAUAUGCCGCCCAGUUUGAACAAUACCAGAAAGCUAUACAGAUUUUUGAAGAGAUUGGGACCUACUCCAUGGACAACACCCUGCUGAAGUACGGGGCUAAGGAUCACUUCUUCAAGGCAGCACUGUGUCACUUCUGCGUUGAUAUGCUGAAUGCCAAGCUGGCUGUGCAAAGAUAUGAGGAGAUGUUUCCUGCCUUCUCAGACAGCAGGGAGUGCAAACUCUUGAAGAAACUUCUUCAAGCACAUGAGGAGCAAGAUGUUGAUGCGUAUGCAAACGCUGUGAAGGAGUUUGACUCGAUCACACGGCUGGAUCAGUGGUACACCACCAUGUUACUGAGAAUCAAGAAGACGGUUCAGGAGGACGAGAGCGAUCUCCGCUAACACUACAGCUACCCAUCAGUAAUUUUUGACUCUAUCAGCUGAACGUUAGAAUGGGUCACUUCCACACUACUCUCACAUUGAUGAGCUGUUCCUGAUCCCAUGAACAGCACUGAGUAAUAUUUAUUUAACUGCUGAACAUUUUUCUGGGUGUGUAAUGUUGAUUUCUGUAUAGCGUUUAAGAUUCAUGAGUUGCUUUUCGAUCCCAUAUGAUUUUUUUUUUUCCCCCAAACUAUUAAAUGAAAACAUAAGACACUGUAACGUAAUUUCUUUUCUGCCAAGAAGUAAAAGCCCUGCAGUAUUCCUGUUAGUUGCUGUUAUUUUUAUAUCGCUUUGAUCACGAGUUAAUUCUGGUUAGAGGUACGUUAGAGCGUGUAACAAGUCACCGAAUUCAUGAUUCGAUUUUCCCACAAUGUUUUGGGGGGGAAAAAUGAAAAGUUUUAUUGCCAAAUAAAUGCAACAUUUUGUUUUCAUAUACUUUUAUCACCUUCAAUAUUCCUCUUGUUAAAUUUAAUAAAUAAAUAAAAACAAUUUUGUUUCAUUUUCUUAAUAAUCAACUUUACCCACAUUUGUAAAGGUUGGAGCCAUUGGGCCCACAUUUGUAAAGGUUGUAAAUGUAAUAGCCAUUUUGCUAAAAUAUUCCUUUGAUUUAAAAAUAAAAAUUUCAAGUUAUUAACAAA